UUAAGUUUUGCAGUUUUCUCUGUCGGCUUAAACUCAUUCGGGGCUCAGCGACUUCUAAUAAUAAUAUUCAAUAUUCAGUAAUAAUAUUCAGUAUGUUAGAAGUUGGCUGUGGGUUAGAAAAAUCUGCAAACCAAAAGGACGACUAACAUAUUAAGAAAGGCGCUGUUUAUUACCGGUUUAACCGGUUUAAUGCACUGGGAGCGGCUGAGCCCUGGAGCAGUGAAGAGUGAGCGCGUGUCGACCACAACAGUUAACUGACCCUUUAUAAUACUGCUGUAACAAACAAACAAACAACAAGCACAAACUCCUACACGGAGCGAUGGGGAUUGGAACAGACGCUGGAAAAAAAAAAAGCCACAAAAUGCCGGAGGAAGAAGAUCAUUACGGGAAACAUGGUGAACCCAGAAAAUAUGACCCCAACUUCAAAGGGCCAAUCCACAGUAGAGGCUGUACAGACAUUAUUUGCUGUAUUCUUUUCAUCUUGGCCAUAGUUGGAUAUGUCGCUGUGGGAAUAUUAGCAUGGUCUCAGGGUGACCCUAGGAAGGUGAUAUACCCCACAAACAGCAGAGGGGAAUUCUGUGGUCAAACUGGAACUCCUUUGGAGAAGAAGCCUUACCUUUUCUACUUUAACAUCCUGAAGUGUGCCAGUCCUGUGGUCCUCCUAGAGUUCCAGUGUCCCACCACGCAGAUUUGUGUGGAUAAAUGCCCUGAUAAAUCCUUGACUCUACUAAAUGCCAAAUUUGGUGGCAAGGACUGGGAUUACUACAAAAGCUUCUGUACCGAAGACCCAGGCAACCUGACGCCUGCUGAUAUCCUGACAAGACGGAUUUGUCCUGCAGUGCUCAUCCCUAGCAAGCCAUUCACACGGAGAUGUUUCCCUGCUCUUGGCACAAAGGGGAAUGAGAUCACUGUAGGAAACAGUACCGAUUUUCUGGAUGCACAGGGCAAGCCUGUAAAGGCCAGCGACUUACUGCCUGCUGUAAAGAAUGCCACAAUAGUUGCUGAAACUCGAAUGGUGGUGAUGAAGAUCUUUGAGGAUUUCACAGUAUCAUGGUAUUGGAUAAUUCUUGGUCUGGUCAUAGCGACAAUCCUGAGUCUGAUCUUCAUCGUACUGCUGAGGUUUCUGGCUGGCAUCAUGGUCUGGGUUAUGAUCAUCAUGGUCAUCCUCGUCAUAGGAUACGGUAUCUUCCACUGCAGCAUGGAGUACGUUCAUCUAAAGAACACCCCUGGGGCCAACAUCACCCUCAAGGAGCUGGGCUUCCAGAUGGACUUGAAUGUGUACCUGCAUAUCAGACAGACCUGGUUAGCCUUCAUAAUCAUUCUGGCAAUAGUGGAGCUCAUCAUCAUCCUGCUCCUAAUCUUCCUCAGAAAAAGAAUAUUAAUCGCCAUCGCUCUGAUCAAAGAGGCCAGCAGGGCCAUCGGACACGUGAUGUCAUCACUGUUUUACCCUCUGUUAACCUUCUUCCUCCUAUCCAUAGUCAUUGCAUACUGGGCGAUCACAGCUAUCUUCCUCUCCACAUCCAAUGAGGCCGUGUACAAAGUCUUUAAUCAGACUGAGUGUAUUUAUGCAAGGAACAGCUGCAGCCCCGAGAAUUACACCACCUCUGACAUGCAGAAACAGUGCCCACAGUCACAGUGCCUUUUUGCUUUCUACGGUGGCGAAUCCGCCUACCACAAGUACCUCAUCUUCCUACAGUUCUACAACGUCUUCCUCUUUUUCUGGUGUGCCAACUUCGUGACAGCUUUGGGUCAGAUGACCUUGGCCGGUGCCUUUGCUUCCUACUACUGGGCGUUCAACAAGUCCCGCGAUAUGCCAACCUGCCCAGUGUUUGCCUCAUUUGGUAGAGCUCUCAGGUAUCACACAGGCACUCUUGCGUUCGGUUCUCUCAUCCUGGCAAUCGUCCAGGUCAUCAGGGUUCUGCUGGAGUACCUGGACCACAAACUAAAAGCGGCACAGAAUAAAUUUGCCAAGUUUCUGCUUUGCUGCCUCAAGUGCUGCUUCUGGUGCCUGGAGAAAUUCAUCAAGUUCAUCAACAGGAAUGCUUACAUCAUGGUGGCCAUUUAUGGUAAAAAUUUCUGCACUGCAGCCCGAGAUGCCUUCUUCCUGUUGAUGAGAAAUAUGAUCAGGGUUGCUGUCUUGGACAAGGUCACAGAUUUCUUGUUGUUUUUGGGGAAGCUCCUUAUUGUGGGCAUUGUAGGUGUCCUUUCAUUCUUCUUCUUCUCUGGGAGAGCAAAAGUGGAAGUUGUACCUAAUUUGAAUUAUUACUGGGUGCCCAUGCUGACCAUCAUGGUGGGCUCUUACCUUAUUGCCCACGGCUUCUUCAGCGUGUAUGCCAUGUGUGUUGACACACUCUUCCUUUGCUUCUGCGAAGACCUGGAGCGCAACGACGGCUCUGCGGCUCGACCGUAUUACAUGUCGUCUACUCUGCAUGAGAUCCUGUUCAAGACCACUGAGGAGCCUGCUGACAAUCCUCCAGCUUCACCUCAGGAGGAAGAGGUCCCUCUGAGAACACACAAGGCCUCCCUGGAACAAGACUAGCAUGUGACAUCAUUGAGCCUCCAAAGAUUAGUCAGCACAUGUUUAGCUGAUGUCCUUAGAUUUGUUAAAAGCACUGACUAAUAUGAUGUAGGUUAUGUGUAUCUGUCAGUUACUUCAGUCUGUUACGUAUAAUGUGCGAUUCAUUCAGUGGCAGUGGUUCAUUGUGACUUUUUAAAGAUAGAACUUGCUUGAAAUCACUUUUUAAACAAAGUUGCUUGCAAGGGAGACAGAAUACACAACAGUUGAUGCUUAAGGGGCUCACAGAAACCCCACAGCAGGCAUACGUCUUGAGCAGUGAAUGGCAUUUACCCACUGGAAAUUCCCUCUUUCCCAAAAAACUUAUUACAAGCUAAGGUGGAAGCAUGUUGCCAUAUAGCUUAAACUAUAGCCAGUUAGAAGUGUGCUGAUUCUUGUCUUUUACAUGUUUUGUAAAAGAAUAUCUGAUCAUUUAGUCAGUGUAUUAUGCAUUCUUAUACCUAUAUCUUUAUAAAUAGACACUUCAUUUGUAAUCAGACUGUAUAUAAAGAAUGCAGGGAGUAACUGCAGUGUACUUCACUAUAAAAUCUAAAGUUGCAGUAUAGUAUACAAAAGUACCAUAGAAUCUCUCAGACUUUGUUCCCCCAGUAGGCAUGUCCUCAAUUUAUGAGAAGCACUUUACGCAGCCGAAGAAUGUUCGUCUAAAACAUCCUGUACCACGCGGCCAUAUUUUGCUACCCGUACACGCCAUAUACACUCACCUACCUGCCUGUUUAAUAGGGACAGAUGUACCCCUGCUUGUAUGUAAUUAUUCAGGCAGCUCUUCCUGUGGCAGUGGUGCAAUGCAUAUCAUCUCUAGCAUCAACAUCCAACAUUGUAUAUCAGUUUUUUUCCCUCAUUCUGAUGAACAUUAUCUAAAGCUGUAUCUACAUGACUGGAUGCCCUGCACCACUGCCACAUGGUUGGCUACCUGUAAAAUUGGUGUACAAGCCAGGUGUACCAGUGUUCCUAAUAAAAAUGGUUGUAGAAUGUACACAGAACUGUGCAAAGGUAUGACACAUGCAAAGAAAACCUGCUCUAUUAAGUACACUGCCGUGCAGUUUUAUAAGGAAAUCGGUUUCUUGGUUAUUUCAAACAUCUUGGAGAACCUCAGCUCACUUUUAGACUUUACACUCUUAUUUGCUUCACUUUCUGCAAUGAAUGUUAGAACUCUAAAACAAAAUUUUUUUUUGGUUUGUUUUGUAUCUGAAAAGUUGCCUGUUACUUCAUAUACCUAAAAGACAAAUACCUACAAAACACUAAAUUUCUCCCUUUUAAUGACAGGAGCUCAGUACUCCUGUGAUGUAUCCAGGUUUAUGUUCUGUCUGUGCCAUGUUGUGCUGUAUUUGUACAAAAGUUGCACCUAUUGACACUUGAAGAUGUGGUUCAUGUUGUUUCGAUAUUUAAGGAAAUUGUGCAGUUUUUCACCCUUAUCGUGGUGCCGCUCAUAUAGUGAUGGGAAUAAUACACUGCUACUCUGCUAUUAUGCAUUUACUUUGUAGCUGUAAAUAUUUUUCCUAUUAGUCAAAUCUGCUGAUACUCAGGCUAGAGUUUCCUGGAUUUUAUGUUUAUUUCUGUAUUUUAAUUCAAAUGCCUGUUUGAUUUUGAAUAUGGUUGAUGCAGGCGUAUCUAAAUGCCAGUGCCAUUUUCUGUUGAUUUUUGACUAAACUGAAGAAUUUGUGGCCGAGUUUGAGGUAGGUUGAAUUGCAAAAGCUGCACUUUUUCCAAACACGAAGCCUUAUCCCUCCAAAGAAAGCACCAUUUUGCCUUGAACUGUAACUAUAAAGAAUAUGCCCUGUUUCUCUAAAAGGACUUAAAGGACUCCACUGUUCUUUCCUCUUUGACCUGUCUGUUGAGAAUGGUGCCUUUCAACCUGUCUAUUAAAAUGUAUGUGUGUA